AUGGGCGGGCUAUGCUCCGCGGCAGUCUAUAGAAGCCCUCACCCUAGGCAGCUGUAUCAGAAACCGAAAAGCGGAUCGAAGGCGAAGUCCACUCGAUCGAGCCGAGCUGGGAUCCAGUUUCGUGUGGGACGCAUCCAUCGCAAACUCCGCAAGGGAAACUAUGCCGAUCGCAUCGGAGGUGGAGCUCCUGUCUACCUCGCAGCUGUUCUGGAAUACCUGGCAGCCGAGGUGCUCGAACUGGCCGGGAAUGCAGCGCGCGACUACAAGAAAACCCGCAUCAACCCUCGUCACCUCCAGCUCGCCAUUCGCAAUGACGAUGAGCUGAACAAGCUGCUGACUGGUGUCACCAUCGCUCAAGGAGGAGUCUUGCCAUUGAUCCACUCCGUCCUCCUACCGAAGAAGUCCGCUGUCGAGGAGAAGGCGUAA